CACAGCCCCUGCGAGGUUUCAGAGAGAGAGAGAGACAGACAGACAGACAGAGAGUGAGAGAGACAGAGACAGAGACAGAUAUAUAUAUCCCUGGUUUGACAUGUAUCUAGUCACUUCCAUAGUGCGCAUAGUGCCCACUGCUAUUCCUCCCAUCCCUGGUCCGGCAGAAGAGAAAUUUCUCUUUUUUGUUUCAAAUUGCAAAAUAUACGGGCACCCUGAAACUGGCGUUGCCUCUUAAUCUGUGCAAAUAUUAUUCUGGUCUUAGACACUCUCGUAGGCAUAUUUAAGCAUCGGCUGACCCAAGUUGCGUCAGUGAUUAGUACCCAAUAGGCACAUAUUAUUUGGUUCCUGAUGCUUUUUAUACAUGUAAUUUCAGGGUGAUAGAUGUUGCGUCUAGAUGCAAAGCAAAAAAAAUAUUUUUUAAUGUACACCUCAACGAUAGCUAUAUUCUAAUCAUCAUUUGCCUAAUUUUCCUGUACGACGUAUAUACCUCGUAGAGGAAGAGAUAAAAGAAGCCAUUGCUAUGUAGCUGGUCUCUGGUUUUACCUUGCCCAUCUUUGCAGAAUCCAUUGAGCAAGUGUGUAUCGGUGCCCCAAUUUUUUGCAGUUUGAAAACAAAUAUGAAAUUUGACGGUGGAACCAGUAUCGUUGAACAUUUGGGAUAGCUUGUGCUUUGAAGGUCUUCUCAUUACAGUGAAUGCACUACCAAACUGAUUCAAAUUUGUUCCUGUUGCCGGUGGAACAUUCCGCACACUACCAGGAAAGGACCGACGUGGGCUAGAUGAACUGGCUCUCUUUCAACAAUAUCGCCGCGAAUAGCUGCAAAAUUGCUGAUGCGGCGUAAAACAAUUUUCACUCACUGACUUACUUUCCACAGUAACUACGUUGUUUCUAAAAUAUUCCCCAAACACUGUGUGUACUUUCUUUUGUUCGUCAGUUUAGUUUGUGUUAAUAUGGUAGAAUCCAUUAAUGACGAUUGUAGCAGAUGUGCUUACUUUACCACAAAAGCUCUUUCUAUUCCAGUAUUCCAGAAAAUCUGAUUUUUCGUAUAUUCAGUAUUGAUAUUACUCAGUAUUGCAUACAUGUAAAUUACGGGUAGCGUGGUUAUCGAACUGGAGCUAACUAGACCCAGCCUAUCUCCCAUUCAACUUCCUCCUUCACAAUACACUUCCUUCACAUUAGAAACUGAUAAUCACAAUAAUAUCGCAGUCAACACUGAUUGAUCUGCACAAAGCUUUGUUGGUUUUGGAGGGGAGACAAUGGGUGCCUGGGCUUUGAACCUUUUCACAUACUUCAUAAUCUGGAGCUUCACUCGUAACACAGCAAUGUCAACAUCGACAGGUUCAACCACGUCCUUCACAACAUCUCCCGUGUCACCAUCUACAGAUGGUAACGAAUUGUCUGUGUGUCCCACGACGACUUCUGCACCAGUUGUAGGAAUGUGUCGGGGUGACAGCCGAGACGGACUCAGCCUCUACCUGGACACAAGCCUCUACUCAGAUCAGUUCACGGAGUGUUCUUGCGAUCUUGCUGUCAGUGCUGGACAUGCAUUUGUAGAAAUCUACCCAAGAGAUAUUGACAAGAUGAACUGCGGCACAAAAAUCCGUAUUACUGAUCUCAGAUAUAGUCUGGAAUGCCUGAGCACACAGAAUCACGCUACCACCAUUCUGAACAGUUCAUAUGCUUUGAGAGUGGACAUUAAAGGACAUGGAGUUGCUAGAUAUUGUCUGCAUAUCCAAACAAACGUUACUAUGCAGCUCAAUUGUUCGUCUGGUGUUGUUUCUGGAAACAACAUGGCAUCCUUAACUACAUCAACCGCUUCAGCACAGACGACACAAUUGGCAUCAUCCUCACCACCAACGUCUUUAACAUCAUCAGCAUCAACAUCGUUAUCGACAUCGACAUCGACAUCGACAUCAAUACCAACAUCGACAUCAAUAGAACGAUCACCAUCACCAUCACCAUCACCAUCACCAUCACCAUCAACAACAUCAUUAACAUUUUCUCUAAUGUAUUCAACACCAAGAGCUACAUCUUCAUCUUCAACGAAGUCACAUGCCCGAACAUCAGCAACAGCGACAGGCCAUGUAGUAACGUCCAGUACAGGGUCUAGUGUUUCAGUAAAAUCAUCAGCCGAAACAUCAUCACCGGAGACAGAAUCUGUUGUAAGUACCAGUCUAACGUCUAGUAUUUCGCCAACAUCAUCAGCCAAAACAACGCAGAAAGCGUCACUAACUACACCACUUCCAUUAACGAAUGCUCCAGAAACAACUGCAAGCUUGCUGGUGACGACACCUUCUCUAAUGUAUUCAACAUCAAGAGUUACAUCUUCAUCUUCAACGAAGGCACAUGCCCGAUUAUCAGCAACAGCGACAGGCCAUGUAGUAACGUCCAGUACAGGGUCUAGUGUUUCAGUAAAAUCAUCAGCCGAAACAUCAUCACCGGAGACAGAAUCUGUUGUAAGUACCAGUCUAACGUCUAGUAUUUCGCCAACAUCAUCAGCCAAAACAACGCAGAAAGCGUCACUAACUACACCACUUCCAUUAACGAAUGCUCCAGAAACAACUGCAAGCUUGCUGGUGACGACACCUUCUCUAAUGUAUUCAACAUCAAGAGUUACAUCUUCAUCUUCAACGAAGGCACAUGCCCGAUUAUCAGCAACAGCGACAGGCCAUGUAGUAACGUCCAGUACAGGGUCUAGUGUUUCAGUAAAAUCAUCAGCCGAAACAUCAUCACCGGAGACAGAAUCUGUUGUAAGUACCAGUCUAACGUCUAGUAUUUCGCCAACAUCAUCAGCCAAAACAACGCAGAAAGCGUCACUAACUACACCACUUCCAUUAACGAAUGCUCCAGAAACAACUGCAAGCGUGCUGGGGACGACUAAGGAAGUGUCAAAGAAAAGGCCAUCAACACCAUCAUCCCAGCCGUCGUUUACAACACUGACACCGGCGACUUCUGAAAGUAUUCCAAGUUCAGAUAAUAACACUCUCCCUGAUGCCAAUUCUCCAGGCUACAGCUUUCCUGUGCUUUGGGUAGUGGUCGGCAUAAUGUCAGGAAUAUUGCUUGUCCUGUUCAUCUCGGGCACUUUGCUGUUUUGCAGGUUCCGACAUCAAAAGACCUAUGAUGUUGAAGAAGAAGGAAUGACGUCCAUUGCUGCCUCUAUAAUCAGUCCUGAAGAAUCCAUGCCACAUAUCCAAAUGCUUAACCCCAUUUAUUGUGAUGACCCCGAAAUGAAGUCUCUUUCAAACUACGAACCACGUCCUCAUGACAACGUGUCUAAUGUAUCCUCCUCUAUUUCUGAAGAACCUAUUAGCUUGGAUCCCUCACUCAAGGAUGCUGAUCCUGUGUUAAACCGGGAUCAAACUGAGAUGAUGCAAACACUAGUCACUAAGCAGGGAAGGGAUUGCUCUAAGCGUAUGACGUAUUGCCCACCCGGUGGAAGGAAAGGUUCUACACAGGGACUUUAUCGAUUGUAAGGAAUUUUACAAGUCUACCAGGCAGAGGAGGGCAAUUUUAUUUGAACCCUAUAAUUGUGGCAUUAGACUUGUCUCGUGUAGGUCUGUUUGAUGGAAUAUGUGUAAUUUGGAAUUGAUGUUUAUUUAAACACUAUAGUCACUUUUGUCAUGGUGUGUUUGCACAACGGUGGAAGACAACCCAAGGUGACACAGAUUGAUAAAACAGCCGUGAAGUUGACAGAUCAGUGGAUAUUAACCUGGCGUUUGGUUCCUGAACCGUCAGUCGAUGGAUCUUGGUUCAGCUUACCUACUCACAGAGACAUACAGUGCCUCCAUGGACUGUCGGUGUCGUCGUAUUACUCCAGAGCUCAAGUCUUGGCAUUUGGUACGAAGGGAUCCUUGUUCACCUUACCUCCUCACAGAAAGAUAAAGCGCCAUCAUCCGGUGGUCAUCUUGUUGUCGCACUUUACAGAAGAGCUCCUGUUAUUUGGGACGAGGGGAUCCUGGGCCACCUUAUCUCCUCACGGAUGAGCAAUGCAGAGGACGCGCUUUACAAGAGUAUGGUUUCUGAAAGUUGAAACACAAAUGAAAGACUUGAAAUGAAACGGGGUUUAAACAGACCUUCUUGUGCCCCAAAUAGUAUUGGAAGCAAUGACACGAGAAAGCAAUUAUUUCCGUGAGGAUGAGGAUAUACCGUAAAUGGUCUGAAAUGCCGCGUUGCUGUACCCUUCUCGCUUUGGUACAUUACAUAAGUUUUGCUUUUUUCCUGUUGGCGACACCACGACAAUGUCCUUCUUGCUCUCUGCAUUACUGCUUUAGCGACAUGUUUUCUUGCUCUGAUUUUAAAUCAGUACAUUCGAUGCCUUUCGCGGGAGCUACUAUAUUUAUAUGUACAUAUUAAAUAUCCUAACAUAAGAUGGGGCCAUAUUAUUAAUCAUUAUAUAGUGGAAAGUAGUUCUUACGUAAAAUUAUAUAUGUACGGUAACUAUUUGUGUCAUACCAUUUUCGUACGAUGUUUUAUCACAUAUUUCAUGUGCCGACAGUUGCCAUUAUAUACUAAUAUACCCCUUGUACAGUGAACGUAAAUUUUACAAAAAUGAAAAGAAAUAAAAAAAAUAAUAUUUUUUUCAUUUGA